GUCAGAACUUGCAGCCAACCCAGCCCGCACAGGUCGCGAUCUGCCCCCGCAGAGAAACAGAGCCGCGCACGCAUCGUUGUUGGUCGACAUCCCUCCCGCAGUCCACACCUCCGCCUCCGAGUCCGGCGACCGCGAGCAACCCAGCCGGGAGACCGCAGCGAGCGAAGCGCGAUGGGGAUGUGCUCGUGCUGCUGCCGGUGCCUGGAGAUCAUGUGCGCCAUCCUCCUCCCGCCCCUCGGCGUCUGCCUCCGCCACGGCUGCUGCUCCAUGGAGUUCUGGAUCAGCGUGCUGCUCACCAUCCUCGGCUACCUGCCGGGCGUCCUCUACGCCGCCUACGUCAUCUGCUCCGUCGACCCCGAACGCGUCCGCCGCCGCGGCGACAGCGACGACGACUACAUCUACGUCGCCUGAGCGGCAACCAGCCGCUGCUCCUCCCCUCCGUCCCCCGCCGCGUGGUCUCUCUAUGGGAUUAGGUUAGUGGAAUGAACCAGCCAUGUUCCUGCCCCCCUGUAUAUGUAUAUGUAAUGUAUGUGUACACUUUGGAUGACAGCUUAUAUACCUGAAACUGGAUCCAGAUUUGCUGGUACCGUGGAAUGCAAUUACUGCAGUACUGCUUA